AUGUUGAACCACAACGUUUGUGGGUUGGCAUAGCUGGACUGGACAGGACAACGAAUCAACGAAGCCUCACCAACCGAUGCCAUCCGGACAGACGAGGUGGCCAUCCUCUGCGAAGUGGGUCUCCACGAUUCGAGGGUCGGGCAGGAAAAAGACUGCUCAAGCGAUUUGCGCUCGAGAGAGGCUGGCCUCGCCCUUUGCUCGAGCCCGACCUCUGCCCGGUCAGGACACAUGCAGCGGUUGCAGGUGCAGUGUGUGACUACAAUUAGGCCUGUGCAGCCAAGUCUUUGUGUUGGCCAUAGGGUUGGCAUACAGGGGCCACGGGGUACAGUUUUAAGGCUUGGCAGAGUGAUUAUGCAACCACUGGAUACUCUUUUAUGCUGGACUGUAAAGGGCGACUAUGCUCGUCCAAAUCAAUCCUUUAGAUCGGGAGAGGAUGAAAGAGAGAAUGAGAAGAAUGCCAGUGAGGAGGAGAGGGAAGGGAGAGCUGUCUGA